AUGCCCCGUGCGGGGUUCACGCACGCAGCGGAGAGCCUCGAGGAGGAAGAAGACAUCGAAGACGCGGACGAGGGGAGAGAAGAGAAGGCAGGCGAAGAUAUCUCGGGUCCUCCUACUCAAAUUCGGCCGUCCUCGACUGCGGGCUUGAGCGCAUGCUCAACCCGCCGCGUGGACUUCUUCUCACCCGAAAAGGCCUCUCUGCCUGCGGCGCGGCGUUCGGCCUGCUAUCGGCUCUCGGAAACAGACAAGGCAGGCUUACUCGUGGAAGAUGCGCCUGCAAAAGAGGACGGCACGCGCGGCUUCGAGAAGGAAAACUGGCUCCUCAGACAGGCAGGCAACACGCACCAACCUCCGAACUUCGCGGCCGCCGCAGGCCCCCCUGAAGGGGCGACGGAGCCCAGAAAGGGGCCCUCGGGAGUCGAAGACAAGUCAGCUCGCGAGCCGCUGUGUGCGACCACCCUCGCGGGCAGGAGAGAGCAAAAGGAUGUGCGAGAAAACGGCGGACACGGAGGAAAAGACACUUGGGCGGAGACGCGGUCGGAAGGAGACAGGGCGCUCGGGGCUGAUCCAUAUGCGACGCAAGCUCACGGAGAGGCUCGAGAAGCUUCUCUCCGCACCCCCAGCUGCCCUCCCGUCGCAUCCAUUCGCCGCGGCGCGGCGCCCACGUCGCUUCUCGCUGCGCAGUCCUCCGGUUCUCCUGGAGACCCCCCCUCUUUGCAGCUCUCGCGGUUUUCUUCUGCCGCAGCACGCGCCUCCUCGCCUCUUCUCAGUCCGCUCGUCGCGCCGCUGCCGCUUGAGGCGGGCGCAUCUUCGCAGGAAGCGCCGGCGCAUGCAUCUCCCUCUGUUUUUUCUGCUCCAGAGACUUUUUCAGCUUCUCGCUUGCCCCCAGAGGGCCCGUCAUCUUCGUCUGAGGCGUCCGCGCUGCUGCCGGAGGGACCCGCAGCGUCUCUCGACGUGGCUGCGUUUCUGCGACGGCGCGUGGCGGCUGAGCGCGCCGGGAGGCUGCUUCUCUUCUCCGCACGAACGCGGCGGCGCAUCGAGGAGGAGCUCCGCAGAAAGCGCUGCGCUGAAGCCGCGGAGGAGGCGCGCCCAGAGGCCCGCCCCGCGCACGCCGCGGAGGGCGGUGGCGCAGCAGAACCCCAGCAAGGCGCGGAGCUGAGCCGCGUCGAGGAAGGCAUUUCAGUGUGCCCCCAGAGAAGGGCGCAGGGCUGCGGCGCCGAGCAGGCGCAGCCACAUGCUUGCCCGGAGUCGCACUACUUUGCAGCUGCUCUGCCGACGUCUUCCUCUCCUUCUGGGGCGCUAGAGCUCCGCGCGAGCACGACGACGAGUGUGACAGAUAUCGAAGAUAUCGCGGACUGGCUGGACGGGCCGCGGCCCUGUGCCCAGGCGCCGGCGCGUUGGGCUCCAGGGCCCGCGGGGGGGGGCGUCUCCGACCGCGGAGACAGGGCCGGGGACGCGGGCGCGGCGGGAGGCGCGCCCUCCGCGCACGGGAGUUUCGGCUUUGAGAAGAGCGAGACUGUGGGAAGAGAACAACAGAGUCGGGCGAUCGAGGAGGAAAGCGAAAAACGCGAAGCAGACGAGCCGUGGUAUCCGCUGAAAUCUACAGGGCUGCCCUCCGUCACGGACUUCUCUGCGCAGCUCUGGUGCGAACGGCAACUGCAGUUCACCCUGCAAACGGGUCUCCGCAGAGAGACGCUCGCCAUGAAAAAAGGAACCGUGCGGCAUCUGGCGCUCGAGUUGCAUCACCACGAGAUGGAGGAAGUUGUCGUCGAGACAGAAGAGGAGGCGAUGGCCUUCAAGCUGCUCAACUCGAUUCAGCAGCUGCAGCAGCUGCGCCAGCGGGGCGUCUGUCGCGAGUUGUGGGUCUUUGGCCCCGUCGCGGGCCUGAUGGUCCGCGGCGUCAUCGACGAGCUGCGAAUCGGGCGGCUGGCCGCUGUGCCUCCAAGGGCCCCCGCGGUCGCUCCUUCCGCCGCGGGGAGGCCUCACUCAGGCUGGGCUCUCAUCGCCCCAGGAGCAGGCUUUUCCGAGGCUCUCCAGGCCGCGCGCGAGCUCCAGCUACCGGACUGGGAGAACGAGCUCCUCAGCGACGAGGAGGCGGGCGUCAGUGGAGGGGGCGAAGGCCCGCGGCCUGAGGGCGUCGCGGGCGAGACUGCGCCGGCGCUGAGGAGGAAGACGGGCGCCUCGCCGCCUCCGUGGGACGCGGGCCCCGCGCCCGCCACGGCGCCGGAGGCCUUUUACAUCCUCAUCAGCGACAACAAGACAAGAAGUGUGAAGAAAACGCCCUGCUUCGCGCAGAAGCAGACCUCUGCGCUUCAGCUCCAGAUUUACUGGCAACUGCUUAAUCGGCUGCGGAGAGAAGAGCUUCCGCUGGACUCGUUUUUCGCGGCCUUCAAGUUGGACAGCAGCGCGUGCCUCACGCACCCUCUCCUUCUCGCAUCUGCCCAGGAGGCGGGGGUCCUCGCGAAGGCCGCGGCAACAGAAAACGCCGAAAGAUGCAGACCUUGCGCGCAUGCAGCGGAGACCGAGGAAUCUGCAGGCCCCUCGCUGCGCCUGGAGACCCUGCUGAGAAGCCUGCAAGACGAACUCCGCGGACUCCCGCCGCUGUGGAGGGACGUGCACGUCGUCUACGAGUGCGAAGGCGAGGAGUUCGCUCGCGAGAAGAUUCCGUAUCACGCCGCAUCCGUGGACUACUCGCUCCAGGAUCUGACCAGCUGGUGGCGCGGUCUGCGGCCCGGCGAAGCCGUGCAGGCCUCGGAGAAGUGGAAGUGCAUCAACUGCCUUUUCCUCGCGCAGUGUGAGGCCACGCCGCUUGGGGACGACGAACGAGCGGCGGCGUUGCGUGAACAAGAAGAGGCGGAGGCCGAGAACAAGAGAGCGCUUGAGGAGUUCGACGAGGCGGCGGCGCUUCAGCAGGAACAGGAGCGUCUUCGGGGGGCCCUCGAGCGAAAACAACGCGACCAUCGCCGUCAGAAGCAGCCCUCGUCGCGUGCAGCUUCAGCACCACCGGCGAGGAGCCAAGAACGGCCCAGACAAAAAGAGGCCGAAAAGCAGGCGGCAGUCUGCUCCUCGUUCCCUUCUGGCCUCUCUUUGGGGGGGUCGCGCGCGCCUCCCUCCGCCUCCGCUUCUGUGUCUUCCUCGUCUGUUUUGUCUGUGUCGUUCUCGUCGUCGCUUUCGACGGCCGCCCCCCCACCGGCGUCGCCCCUCUCGCCUCCGCGCGGGCCCUUUUCUGGAGCCUCUUUGGUUCCUCCUCGCUUGGCGCCUUCACCGGGGGCGCUGAAAGACCAGCGCCGGGAAUUCCACUUCUCUGCGGCGUGCAGCCACACGUUGGUAGCUGUAGGCAGCCACGCGACCCCCUGCGUAGAGUUUGGUAGACCUGCUGCAGCCAGGCCGAGCAGUGAGCAGCAGGGCGGCUCAAGAAGGCGCUUCGCGGGGUUUCUGUCAGCCUCGCAAGAAAUGGAGGGAGGCGAUGGAAACAAGACGACAGAGAAAGAUGAGGGGGCGGAAGUGACGCAGCCCCGACAGAAGCCCGCGCCCGAAAAGGAGCCAGAGCAAGGUUCCACGCACGCAUCCAUGGUGUCGGUACAGCAUAGAUGUUCCAGUCAGCAAAACACGCGUCACUCCAGUCAUGUAGGCGAUUUUGGCAGAUGUCACACCGCAGUCGUCUCUUCUGUGGUCUGCCUCGAAAUGAAAACGGCCCGAGCGGAUGCCCCGCGUGCGUCGGGGCCGCCCCUACCAGCGCGUGCUGCUUCCGCAGGGGCAAUGUCUGUUUCCGCUGAGGCGUGUAGCUACAGUGCUCGAAUGGAAAAGACGGACGGGAUAGAGGGAACGUUUUCCUUCCAGGCCUCAGAGUGUGAGGCACGGAUCAGCUCAGCCAAAAGGAGAAGAGAGGACGCCGACACUGCGUGUGUCGACCAAGAGGACGAAAGCAGGAGAGACGAGGCGGAAUCAAGCCAGGCCGCGGCACGGCCAGAGGGCUCCGAAGGCGAGAAGUCGAGAAAGACGAACCAAGCGGGGGGUUGGAAACCGGAGAGUAGAGAAAGAGCGAGGGUUGUAAGCACGAGUCAAAAGAGGGAGGCGCAGAAAGGAAUGAAGAGCGAGCCUCCCAUCUUGAAAGGACAGAGACAGAUCACGCGUUAUUUCGCCAUCAAGAAGUCGCCGUGA